AUGAAUCCAUACGAGCCCGUAGAGGGAUUGUAUGUGAAUGCUAAACAAUAUCAUCGUAUUCUGAAAAGGCGAGAAGCCCGUGCUCGUCUGGAGGAGCGUUUGCGUGGAUUGCAAACAACGAAAAAGCCAUAUCUACAUGAGUCAAGACACAAACAUGCGAUGAGACGUCCCCGUGGCCCCGGUGGACGAUUCUUGACGGCGGAAAAAGUUUCGCAGCUAAAGGCGCAAGAAGCAUUGGAAGCAGGAAAAUCAGAAAGCCCUAGUGGUUCCGAAAGUCGUGGCUUGAUGGACACACUCGAUUCAACCCCUACAGGUGCUACAAGCAACGAAUUUCUAACCACCAACGAGACUGGCGAUGACAGUCCUUCUACUCUUUCCUCGCAAGUCCCUAUCAAUACUGCUGGCGGCUCGGCAGGGUUGGAUAUAACACGUUCUAAGGAAGAGACUCAACAGAAUCCUUCGAUUUUUGGUGGUGCUUCAACUGCGAAUUCGAAUCUUCAUCCCAUUUCUGCCAAUCCAAAUACUAAUGCUCAUACUCAUUCUGGUGCCCUAGAUCCGAAACGAAAUAGUGCUACCUCAUCUGCUGCUCUUCCCGCCCAUGCGUCUACUGGCCCUACAAGCAUUGGUCAUUCUGGUAACUCUGUGAAUCCUCAGAUUCAUACUCCUUCUGCAAUUACCAACAGUAAGCAUCAUCGACAACCCGACCCUUCGUCGAAUGCUUCUACUUUGUCUGGCAAUGAAAAUUUACAACUUCGGACGGCUAAUCCCUCCACUGUUUCCGAUUCUCUUUCCGUAAAUGGUUCCGGUGUAGAUCUCAAUUUGUCGAAUCCAAUGGUCUUACAACUGGAUCCUUCAAAUCUGUUGCAUGCUCCUCCUUCCAACCAAAACUCACCUCGUUCACCCUUCUUCCCUUCCUCAACUACCGCUGAAGGUAGUAGACCUUCGCCAUCCGUCGCUAAUCAUCACCAUACUACCGUCAGCAAUCCCGAUUACCGAAGCCUACCUACUACAACCCAUCCUAACGAUGUUUUUCACAGAAACGCUACUCAAACUUACCACACUACUCCUAGUUCCGAAUUGACCGGACCAAAUGGCGAUUCAUUUGCAGAUUUAGAUGUAUACCAAACAGAUGAUCCUGUAACGAAUAGUCUUAUUCAAUCUCACAAUCCCAUGGGCCCAAUUGGAGAUUUAAGCGACCCAAGCGCCGCCCAUGGCUCCGGGAUUCCAAACUUGAGCAGUCAUCAUAUGGGUCAUCUUAAUUUAACAGACAAUGACCAAAAUUCUAUAAUUAUUGAUCAGCAACCAUACACUUCCCAUGAUUCCGCCAAUGCUCAUCCCUAA